UUAAAUUAUCGAGCACGGCUCAUUGUUAUCUUUUGCUACUACGUCAGAGGUCCUCGUUUGGGACCGAGUGUUGGGAAUGCAAGUGAAUUAGAAAAUACCUGCCAAGGUAGAUAUAUACCAUAUAGGUACAAAGGUACACUGAGCAUGGAAAAUUGGGCCUGACAUGAAAGGUGAAUCAAGGUCCUGGCAGGUGUAUCGAUUUUUCUCGGGUGUUGUCAAAUCUGAAAUCUGUCAGAAAUAUUUACUCUUCGACAAGACGUGCUCAAUUCUGAGACAAGUUUUUCGCCAAGGAGAAAACAUGCGGACACUUUCACCUGUACAAGAUUACUAGGUCAGUAUGAUGAAGAAUCCAUUCUACAAUCUCUCCACUGUUGGGAGUGGGGAGAGCGUCUUUAUUUAUCCUCUGGACGGCUCCGUCACUCUUUUAGGGUCGGGCACGAAAGACUUGAUAGUGCACCGUCUCCGCCCGCCACCAGGUGGCGUCAAGACAAAGCAUGUUUCCUAUCACGGUGUGAUGAAGUAUAAAAGUCCAGACGAUACGAAGUCGGAAAAGCAGCGGAAAGGAAUUCUGAAGAAUUCUUCAGGAAAUCAGUUAGAUGGACGUGAGGCACCGUCUCAAAAACUUGACGUGUCUAAGAUUCAGUGUGUGUUAAAGAAAAGGAAAACGUCAGCGAAUGAGAAACAAUCUAAUAGCUCAUAUAGUUCUAAGAGUCAGAAGAAAGUGAAAUUUGAUGAUAAACUCAACAAACUGACAGAACUAGGUAUUAAGUAUAAAGCUGUGGAUCUAGACUCGCGCAGUCAUCCCGUGGAUGUGUCCCACAUCCGGCGACAACAUCAGAUUCAGCGAAUUCCGGUCAAGUCUUCCCAAACUACAGAUGUAUCACGUGAUCAAGAAAAAACGUCGAUGAAAAUUUCGGACAUUUACGACUUAAAAGAUUCACGUGAAAAUAGAACAGUAUCUCCAAGGUCGCUAUCUAAGUCAACAUCAACAAACAGCGGAAGUUUACAUCGCCGUACUUCCGGCGACUCCUAUCCGCUGAUCGAGACUGAUGCUGAUGAUUUCGUGCGGAUGGAUGUUUGUGAGGACGGGGUGAUUCCAACCUACAACCCGCGUGAAUCUUCUUAUCAAGGGGACCGUGAGUCAAGGAAUGGGGGAGAUAUGGCGGACCAUAACAACAGGCUGAUUGAAAAUGGUAUCCCCGUGUUUACAAAGACUGGAAAGUUUGUUAGGACAACCAAACUCAAUAACUAUUUUCAUGAGAAAAAAAGUGAAGGUGAAAACGACAACAAUAUGAAGACAGACAAACCGAAUUAUCGUCUGCCUUUAGAAUCAAAUCGAAAGGAAAAAUCAAAUUCGAAUCCAAGAGAAAUCAGGCGAGUGUCGUCUGCUCAAAAGUCUUCCAUAAAAACAACGACGAACAGUACUGGUGGUGCUAAAAUUACGCGUUCAAGCGUGAAGCCGUUUAUGUUCACUCGUUACAGUAAAGACCAGGGACCUCCCACAUCGUCUCCCCGUGACGUAAAUAACAAUAAAAACUUCUGUGACGAUUUCAAGACUUAUGACAUCAUAAGAUGGCUGACUAGUGUCAAAGAGAUUCAGUCAAAAGAGGGUUUCUCGAGCUUCCCAAUCGAACACGGUGCACGUCAGUAAACCAUAUCACGUGUGACAGAGAAGUGAACACUGUGCACGUCAGAUCAUUUGAACGCGUGCACUUUACAAAUUCUUAGCCCUAAAUGUGGCUGAUAGUUGAACUUCAGUAUUAUAUUUGCAACCCGGGUGCUUUUAAGUGUCUCAGUUUUAUAAUUAACGUUAUGUUUCGUUUUUAUUUUGAAAUCCUGCUGUUUUUGUUUUAUGCACUGAAUGCAUCUUCACUAUAAUCGUUUAUUUAGUUAUUACUACAAGACAGUAUACUUUCUCAUAUCCUGCUAGCUUCAUGUUCGAUAUGUACCUUUGGUUUUGCAAAGCAACUUUUUAAGCUGUUUUUUGUCCACUCCUUGUGUUUGUUUCGUUCAGAGAAUGGGCAUGAAGCAAUAAACUCCUCCUUUCCAUUGAAA